UCCACCUGCAGCUCUCCUCUCACUGUCACCCCCAAUCCCUUUCAAUUUCAUUCAGAUUUCAGACUCUCUCCAAUUUAUGACCGUUAAAUUUUCAAAUCUUAAUUUCCCACCUCCACUUCACUCACUAGUCCAGUAGCACAAAAGGACUCUCUGAAAGCUGAAAGUCUCUGCUUUAAAAUAAAACCAUAAAAUGGGUUGUUGUCUCGGCACCGCCAAGACCCAAAACCCACCGCCACCACACCACCACCCAAAUGGCCCCAACAACAGCCACUUCCACGCCAGAUCCUCCCUCGCGGAACCCCACCCGACCCGUAUCCCAAAACCCCAACUCAAAGCCGCAGCACCGCCGAACUCACGGCCGCCGGUUGUUGAAAUCGAAGAAGAGUCGGUGAAAGAGGUUCUCUCCGAAACCCCAAUUUUCAAACCCCAAAUCCCCAAAAUUACCCCAGAGUCGCCUCCGAAGCUCCAACCAGAGCAGCCGCCCAAAGAGCUUGCCGUCGACAUCGCCGACUCCGCCGAGCCUUCCCAGGCUUCAGAGCCUUGUGGGGUCAUUCUCAGCGAGAGCUUCUCAUAUUCGACGGCAACCACCGCCACCACCAUAACUGACGCCAGAGACGACGAGGUUACGAGUAAGCAGAAGAGAGAUAUGGGUCCCAGAGUGCAUGGCGCUUCUUCAACGGCGGCGCGUAGCAAGCGUCCUUACUCCGGCGACCUCGCCGCCCGGAGGGAAAGAGCUGCCAGACCUCUGGCGAGGGCAUCGGAGCCUUCGAUGGGGAAGAGGAAUCGAACUGAAACGAGUUCGUUUCGCGGGAGGGAAUCGGGUCAGCUGAGUACUAUGCAGCAGCGCAGUGGUGGCCCCACUGGAGUGAGGCGCGAUACGGUGUCGUCCAGGUCGAGGUCACCGGCUACCCGGACGGCCGGUGGAGUGGGUCGAGGGGGCAGGGGAAGAAGCCCGUCGGCAUCUAAGGUGACUGGACCAGCUGGUGGCAGUUCCUCGCAGCUGGGAGUGGGAGGAGUUGAGAAGCAAGGCAAAACUAAAAAGGAGGAGGAACCAAACGGCGCCGUCGUGCAGCAAGGGAAUGAGGGUAAAACAAGAAAGGAGGAGGAACCAAACGGCGGGGUUUCGCAGCUGGGGAAUGAAGGUAAAACUAGAAAGGAAGACGAAUCACACGGCGGCGUUGCGCAGCAGGGGAAUGAGUCCUCCAUCGACAACCCUCUGGUUUCAUUAGAGUGCUUCAUCUUUGUCUAAAGUUGCUUCUUUACUGGUUGCAUUUUGUCAAAACAAAAGUGCUUUUCUUGUUUCUGAAAGUACUGUGGAAUCAAGCACUUUCCUAGCAAAUGUUGGCAAAACAUGUUUUGCUUUCUGAAACAAUGUAAAUUAUCUGGAAAAUGGUAUAAAGAUCGAGUCUUUUAUCUAAA